AUGUUCCGUUUCAGCAAAACCCUCGACCCAAUCACCCUCUUCCACUCGCCGUCGCUCUCAGCAUCGACGCGCACCCUCAACAUCCUCAAGCAGGCAUCAGCAACGGCCGGUGAAGUUGCAACCGAAGACCAAGCGAGUGACCACUCUCGACAUGCCAAGCAGCAGCGUGGCGAAUUCGAGCUCGAGGUCACCACCGGCCCCCCGACUCUGGAUCAGCUCCGCAACAUCUUGGAUUACGUCUCCCCCGUCAGCGGCGUGGGCGGCCAAGGCGAGAAGAUGACAUACGGUGUUGCGGAGAUUGUUAAGGGGGCUCGCGAUGCAGAGGAUGCAUUGAAGAAGUUCAAGGAGAACAAUGAGAACUUCGCCAGGCCCGUGACUGUUGACUGGACUAACGGCCGUGCUGUCAUUGGAGACCACGAGUCUGAAAUUCUGCGCAUGGUGCGCCAGCUCCCUGCCAACUAA